GUAACCUCGCUCGCGAUGGAGGUGUCGCAGCCGAAUGAAGUGAAAAUCUACAACCUGAGUGCGGGGAAAGUGCUGCCGGAAUGGUUGUCGGAACGAAAGAGGCGCGCGCUGCUCAAGAAAAACGUGGACCUGCGGCGGCAAAUCGAGCUCAUCCAAGACUUCGACAUGCCGGGGCUCAGCCACACGGUGAAGGUGUCGCGUGACGGGCAAUACAUACUCGCCACGGGCACUUAUAAACCUCGCGUAAAAUGUUUCGACGUCAACAACUUGUCGUUAAAGUUCGAAAGGUGUUUCGAUUCGGACGCGGUCACGUUCGAAAUUCUAAGCGACGAUUACAGCAAGUUGGUGUUUUUGCAGUGCGACAGGUACGUCGAAUUCCACGUGGCUCACGGCAGGUACCAUAGGAUGCGCAUACCAAAAUACGGCCGGGACAUGCGGUACCACUACCAGGACUGCGAUCUGUACGUGGUAGGCGCGUCGUCCGACAUUUAUCGGAUAAACCUCGAACGCGGUCAGUUUCUGACCCCGUUCCAAAGCAAAGCGUCCGAUAUAAAUCGGUGCACCAUCAACCCCGUUCAUAAUUUGUUGAUGUGCGGUACCCAAGAGGGCAGGGUGGAAGCGUGGGACCCCAGAGUGAAAGAAAUGGUCGGUUCUCUGGACUGCGCGUUUCAGUGCCUAUCUCUCAACAAAGAAAUACGGAGCGUGCCUUCCGUAACCGCUCUAAAAUGCAACGGGGCCCUGCAGAUGGGCGCGGGUACCGCCACCGGUCAAGUCCUGCUCUACGAUCUAAGAUCCGACAAGCCCUAUACCGUUAAAGACCACUUGUACGGGUUCGCUAUCAGGGACGUCGACUUUCAUCACCAGCAGGACUUGGUCAUGUCGUUGGACAGGUCGGUUUUGAAGAUAUGGAACCAAAACGACGGGAAAAUUUACACUUCCAUAGAGUCGUCGGCCGAUUUUAAUAACCUGUGCGUGGUGCCCAACACGGGGCUCCUGUUCCUCGCGAACGAGGCUCCAAAGAUGCUGACGUACUACAUACCGAGUUUAGGCGCGGCGCCCAAAUGGGCCGGGUUCCUCGACUCUCUCACGGAAGAACUCGAAGAAUCCAACGUGGAGACCGUAUACGACGACUAUAAAUUCGUCGACGGGGCGGAGCUCGAGAGUUUGGGCCUCGAGCACCUGAUAGGUACGCCGUUGUUGCGCGCCUACAUGCACGGUUACUUCGUCGACGUCAGGCUUUACAACAAGGCGAAAUCUAUUGCGGAACCGUUUAAAUUCGAAGAGUACCGCAAGAAGAAGAUCCGGGAGACUAUCGAGCAGGAGCGAGGCAGUCGGGUGCAGGUCGAACGCCUACCCAAAGUGAACAGAGAACUGGCUUUGAAACUGAUGGAGGACGCAGGGAAAUCGAAGAAGAAAAAAGGAGAGAGCGCGAGCUUGCUGUCGGACGGAAGGUUCAAAGCGCUCUUCGAAAACCCCGACUUCGAGGUUGACAAGACUACCGACGAGUACCGUCUGCUUAACCCGGUCCUAUCCAAGCUGGGCAAGACCAAAAAGGCGGCCAUUCCCGACGAUUUCGAGACGGUGGAAGAUAAACUGGAGGAACGAGACGAGGGUAUAAUGUCCGACGAUUUCGCGAGCGAAGAGAGCUCCGAUGACGAACACCAAUGGACCGCGGAAGUGAAGAAAGAGUACAGGACGUUGCAACGGGAACGCAGAGCGAGGGAGAGGGAGGAGGAGGAGGAGGAGGAGGAACCCGCGACCAAGCAACCAAAGUUGUACGAGAUGAGGCACGGGGAGGAGUACACUGGCCUGGACAGCUUCAAGAGGAAACCAAACAAGUUGACGUUGGGCGAGAGACUCGAGGACGAGUCCCAAGUCAGGAUGUUGGGCUCGAUCGGUAACCGGGAAAUGUCCUUUUCUACGGUAAGAAAAUCUAACAGGACGGUCGAAAUAAGAAACAAGAGGCACGUGGAGGAGAGGCGAAGGAUCGUCCGGAAAGGCUUCAAGCAGAAGCCGGGAUUGUUUUCGCAGAAGAGAAGAUAAGGACUCGGCCUGUCUUUGAAACUUGUAUAUUUAUAAAUAUUUUUUAAAUAAACACAAUUCUAAGAGAACGAAUGAGGUGGGUCAUUAUCAAGGUUGGGGCGAUUUUAAUCGAGUGUUUUAUAUCACGAUUAAAAUCACUUAAUAUUUUAAUUUCAAUCAAACUCCUAUUUUGAAAUUUUUUUUAUUAAGAAUAUAUACUUCUAUUGACUCUAAGGAAGCAAUUACACACAGGAACUGUUUUAUUAUUGGUGGCUGUUUCGUAAUUUCUGGCUUAUCCUAUUGUGAUAUGCACCACUGCUUUUCAUUAUUUAAUCCGAAAACUUUUUUUUUUUAAAUGAGCAACUGCCGGCAUUCAAUUUUAAUACUAAUAGUAAAAGUAAAGUGUACAGACUAUAAAAUGGUAUGGCGUUGCUUAUAUCGAUCCUGAUUUUUUUGUAUUUUUGAUAAAAGAAAUUCUAGAAGAUAUAUUGUAAAUGUUUUCACUGCUCUGCAGUACCUGGGCUAGUACGGUUUUUUCUCUGCAAAAUAUCAAGAGCAACUGAUACUGGUUUUAAAAUGCUUAAAUAUUAUUUUGCUGAAUGUAAGCCCAAUAUGUGACACCUUUUGGUCGAAUCAACUUGGUUCGUUUUCUUCACAAAUUUUUAAUAAUAUAUCCCGCUGAAUGACGUACACCUGUAAACACUCAGCAACGCUAUUCCAUCACUUGGAAGGUCCUAGGGGACCCCCAUUGGUGCACAAAUGAUCAGGGCCGGAAAAAAAAAAAUUUUUUUAAAUGUCUGUCCGUUCUCUGUUCUUUGCCAACGCUCCAUAAAAAUGGGAAUAGCUUCCGAGCGGUUCCGAGCUAGAGCACUGAAAUGUACCUCCUUUUUAACCCUCCACGAGAUACAUAAGCCUAUAAAAAAUGCCCCCGAUCUGACGCCGGCGUAUAUCUAUUGUUUUCGAUUUUCGACUGUUUUUUGAAUAUCGCUAUGAAACACGAUAAGUGUCCGAAAUUUGAAGCCAUCGACUCCAAAUUUGGCUAGGCCCGUGACGGAAAAAUAAUUUUCUCGAAAACCAUUUACUCUAUUGGAAAAAUUCAUGGACCAGGGAAUGUGGGAGAUUCAGGGCUACCUUUACUUCGAAUAUAUUUUGAGUUAUAUAGAGGGUGUUUCGUUUAUGAGCAAAAAAUCUAAAAAAUCCUAAAAAUUUUCAUUUCUUGGGUAGAUUACUAGUUUUAAAUGAAAAAUUGAAACAUAUAAGACAGUUUGAAUUGAGCAGUAUCGUAAACUGUGUUGAGAGCUACAAUUUUCUGAUUUACAGUUCAUGUCUAUUAUGCAGGGUGCGUGAGAUAUUUGAAUAAAAAUAUUAUUGUAAAUCGCUUACACAAAUUUUUAUCUUUACCAAAGUUGGCCGAUUAUUGGCCACCGUGAAACUCAAUUUAUACAGGGUGUAUGUACAAUACAAUUACAUCGAUUUUGCGAAAGUUCCAUAGUGACAAGAAACCGCGAAGCGUCUUCUUAAUAACGUUUUUCUUGGAGACGGCGUAUAACCGGGUCUUAAUAAAUGUUUAGCUUGUUUUCUACUUCAGAGUUUUCAAUGCAUCGAAAGCUCGAAUUAGUAGCAAAAAUUCCCUUAGCUAUUUGUUUGUCAAUCUGUUCUUUUUCAGCUGCUGAUGUUUUGCAAAUCGCUUUACAGCCUACAUCUUUACUUGGAUCUGUUGUUUUAAUGCAAAACUUGCUCACGCUACUUUCACUUUUUUCAGCCAUCGGGAAAAAAGCUGGUCACGACCGAAAUUAAAAUCAAAAAAUUCAUCGACGAUAUUUGAUUAUUUUCAAUAAAAGUCAAAGUUUGCCCGACACUGGUCCUUGCUGCAUCAAAACCCUAAUAAUAGGCGCUUUUGCCUCUAACAAGGUGAUUUAUCAGUAAUUAAACGUAGGUAACG